GAUUAAUGAAAUGCUUUGUGUUCCUAAUCUUCUUCCUUGGAUCAUCCUAAUUACUCAGUGAUCAUGCAUAGAUUCCUUGUAAAGCUAUCUUCUUCAUCCUCUAAUCCAUUGAGAAGCUUGAAGAAUCAGCGUCUGAUUCUCCCUUUAUUACCUUCUUCAAAAUCUUUUACCUCCUCCUCUGUGUCACCACCUCCAAGUCCCUCGAACGCUUCUAAUCGAUUUAGGUAUCCUUAUUCCGCCGAGUUGUUUCGAAAUUUGUCACCUUUAAGCUCAAAUUCGAGGACUUUAGGAGUGAAUGGGAGUAGUAGUAGAUGUAUCAGCAGUGAAGCCGGAAGAGAAUCGAUUGAGUACGAUGUUCUGAUUGUCGGAGCUGGACCGGCCGGUUUAUCUGCUGCUAUACGAUUGAAACAACUGUCUCAGGAGAAGAACAUUGAUCUAUCUGUUUGUGUCGUUGAGAAAGGAGCAGAAGUUGGAGGACACAUGAUAUCUGGAAAUGUUUUUGAACCUGUGGCACUUGAUGAGCUUCUUCCACAUUGGAGACAAGAACAUGCACCCAUUGAGAUCCCUGCUUCUUCUGAUAAAUUCUGGUUUUUGACCAAAGAUCGUGCAAUUUCACUUCCUUCUCCGUUUGAUAACAAGGGAAACUACGUUAUUAGUUUGAGCCAACUGGUGCGUUGGCUAGGAGGAAAAGCUGAGGAGCUUGGAACAGAGAUAUAUCCUGGCUUUUCUGCUAGUGAGGUGUUGUACGAUGCAAGUGAUAAAGUUGUUGGGAUUGCAACCAAAGAUAUGGGAAUAUCCAAAGAUGGUUCCAAGAAGGAGAAUUUCCAGCCAGGUGUUGACAUAAAAGGGCGAGUUACACUGUUUGCAGAGGGAUGCAGAGGAUCGUUGUCAGAGAGAAUAAUCAAAAAGUAUAAACUAAGAGAGGAGGUUAAUGCACAACAUCAGACAUAUGCUUUGGGAAUCAAGGAGGUCUGGGAGAUAGAUGAAAGCAAGCAUAACCCUGGAGAAGUUAUUCACACAUUGGGUUGGCCCUUGGAUCCCAAGACAUAUGGAGGUUCUUUCUUGUACCACAUGAACGAUAGACAGGUUGCACUUGGCUUGGUUGUUGCCUUGAAUUACCACAACCCUUUCUUGAAUCCGUAUGAGGAAUUUCAGAAACUCAAACACCAUCCUGCCAUUAAACGCAUCUUGGAAGGUGGUACUGUGCUUCAGUAUGGGGCUCGUACUUUAAAUGAAGGUGGUUUUCAGUCCAUUCCCUAUCCAGUUUUUCCUGGAGGAGCAAUAAUUGGAUGUUCAGCUGGUUUUCUCAAUGUACCCAAGAUUAAGGGAACACACACUGCAAUGAAAUCAGGAAUGUUAGCAGCAGAGGCUGCAUUUGGUGUAAUUCAUGAAGGUUUACACAUGAACACGUACUGGGACAACUUGAGGGAUUCAUGGGUGUGGAAAGAGCUCUACGCUGCUCGAAACUACCGUCCUGCAUUCGAGUAUGGGCUACUCCCUGGCUUGGCCGUUAGUGCUAUGGAACACUAUGUACUGAAAGGAAAAGUCCCUUUCACGCUCAAGCAUGGGAAAGCAGACCACGAAGCAACAGAUCUUGCUCGGAAAUGCACACCAAUUGUGUAUCCAAAGCCAGAUGGUGUUUUGUCGUUUGAUGUGCCAACUUCUUUAUACAGGAGUAAUACCAAUCAUGAUCAUGAUCAACCAUCUCAUUUGCGCUUGAGGGAUCCUAAGAUUCCAGAAAAGGUAAACUUUCCAGAGUAUGCUGCACCAGAGUCACGUUACUGCCCGGCCCGUGUUUACGAAUAUAUCGAAGACGAAGAGGGUAAGCCGAAACUGCAGAUCAACGCUCAAAACUGUUUGCACUGCAAGGCAUGUGACAUCAAAGAUCCAAAGCAGAACAUAGAGUGGACAGUGCCUGAAGGUGGUGGAGGCCCUGCUUAUUCCCUCAUGUAGUCCUCAAGUUUCAACAAACCUCUCACUUACCAUAUCUGAUAAAUAAAUGAGACUCAACAAA